AUGUCUUACGCUUACCUCUUCAAAUACAUCAUCAUCGGCGACACCGGAGUUGGAAAGUCUUGUCUUCUACUUCAAUUCACAGACAAGCGCUUUCAACCAGUCCAUGACUUGACCAUAGGUGUUGAAUUUGGUGCCAGGAUGAUUACAAUUGAUAACAAGCCAAUCAAGUUGCAAAUAUGGGAUACGGCUGGUCAAGAAUCAUUCAGAUCUAUUACAAGGUCUUAUUACAGAGGGGCGGCAGGUGCAUUGCUUGUUUAUGAUAUAACCAGGAGGGAGACAUUUAAUCACUUGGCUAGCUGGUUGGAAGAUGCAAGGCAGCAUGCAAAUGCGAAUAUGACAAUUAUGCUGAUUGGCAACAAGUGUGAUCUUGCUCAUAGACGGGCAGUAAGCACGGAGGAAGGUGAACAAUUUGCAAAGGAGCAUGGGUUGAUAUUCAUGGAGGCCUCAGCAAAAACUGCUCAGAAUGUUGAAGAGGCAUUCAUAAAAACAGCUGCAACCAUAUACAAAAAGAUUCAAGAUGGAGUUUUUGAUGUAUCAAAUGAGUCUUAUGGAAUAAAAGUAGGAUAUGGUGGAAUUCCUGGACCUUCUGGAGGUAGGGAUGGCCCUUCUGCUUCGGCUGGAGGCUGCUGCAGUUGA